AUGGGAGUACCAGCAUUCUUUCGGUGGUUAUCACGUAAAUACCCUUCCGUGAUAAUCGAAUGCGUGGAGCAGAAGAACACUGACGAUCAUGGCAACGUGCAGUAUGAGGACAUGAGUAAGCCCAACCCAAACCGGGUUGAGUUUGAUAAUUUAUACCUGGAUAUGAACGGUAUUAUACACCCGUGCACGCAUCCGGAGGACAAACCGGCGCCGAAAAAUGAAGACGAAAUGAUGGUUGCCAUUUUCGAGUGCAUCGAUCGGUUGAUGAACAUUGUCCGGCCAAGAAAAGUGUUGUACAUGGCGAUCGACGGUGUUGCACCACGGGCUAAGAUGAAUCAGCAACGAUCACGCCGUUUCCGUGCAUCGAAAGAGGCGGCCGAAAAGGCGGCCGAGAUGGCGCGAGUCCGCGAAGAGCUUGCUGCAAAAGGUGCGAUUUUACCACCGGAAAAGGAGAAAGGUAGCCACUUCGACUCGAACUGUAUCACACCCGGCACUCCGUUCAUGGACCGGUUAAGCAAAUGCCUCCAGUACUAUGUUCAUGACCGCAUGAAUAACUAUCCGGGCUGGAAGGGUUUGAAAGUGAUCCUUUCCGACGCAAAUGUGCCCGGUGAAGGCGAGCACAAAAUUAUGGAUUACAUUCGAAAGCAGCGUGUACAAGCGGACUACGAUCCAAACACGCACCAUGUGUUGUGCGGCGCGGAUGCGGAUCUUAUCAUGUUGGGACUGGCGACCCACGAAACACACUUCACAAUCAUUCGUGAGGAGUUCCUACCCAACAAGGACCGACCGUGUGACAUUUGCCAGCAAAUAGGGCACGUAAUGAAGGACUGCACCGGUUUGCAGUCGGAGCGGGAGAUGAUGAAAACUCCUCCCGGUCCAGGCAAGGAAACGCAGUUCAUAUUCGUCCGCCUGAACGUGCUGAAGGAGUACCUGCAGAAGGAGCUCGAUAUGCCGAAUCUGCCGUUCGCGUACGAUUUCGAGCGUGUCAUCGACGAUUGGGUGUUUAUGUGUUUCUUCGUUGGCAACGACUUCCUUCCUCAUUUGCCCAGUCUGGAGAUCAGGGAGAAUGCGAUAGAUCGACUCGUGACACUGUACAAGAAGUGCGUGUACAAGACACGCGGUUAUCUAACGGACUCCGGGGCUGUGUUGCUCGAUCGGGUUGAGAUGAUCAUGACCGAUCUAGGGUAUGCGGAGGACGAAAUCUUCCGCCAGCGAAAGGUGAGCGAGGAUCGUUUCAAGGAGCGGAACAAACGCAUGCGUUUGCAAAAGGAAAGGCAGCAGCGGCCCAACUUCCAGCACAUAAACAACUCACAAUUUGCACCGACACCGCUCGGUCGCGGGGUUCAGCCUCAGGCAAUUGUAAAUGCACGCCAAGAAGCGGCUCACUUUCGUAUGCUUGGAGCCUCAUCCGGUGACGGAAAAGGAAGUGGCGGCGGCGGAGGAGGAGCGAGCAGUGAUGAACCUGGACCACGUGGUAUUAAACGAAAGGCCGACGAACCGCUGGCCGUAACGGUGGCGGAUGCAGAGGAACAAGAAACACCAGAUGAGGUGCGACUGUGGGAGGAUGGUUUUAAGGAUCGGUAUUACGAGUCAAAGUUUGACGUGUCGCCACAGAAUACCAAGUUCCGGCAAACGGUUGCUUGGGAGUACGUGCGUGGCCUGUGUUGGGUGUUGCGGUACUACUAUCAGGGAUGCGCGUCUUGGGAGUGGUACUUCCCGUACCAUUAUGCACCGUUCGCGUCCGAUUUCAAGCACCUCGACAACGUUAACGCACAUUUCGAUCGGGGCACACCGUUCAAGCCACUGCAGCAGCUGAUGGGCGUCUUUCCGGCAGCCAGUCGCAGUCACGUACCUAGUGCGUUCGCGGAGCUAAUGGUCGAUCCGCGUAGUCCGAUCAUUGACUUCUAUCCGAUCGAUUUCCACAUCGAUCUGAAUGGGAAAAAAUUUGCAUGGCAGGGCGUGGCGCUCCUGCCGUUUGUAGAUGAAAAGCGUUUGUUCCGGGCCACCGAUCCGAAGGUACCGUUACUGACGGAAGAGGAAAAGCUGCGCAACAUUAAUGGAGACGCGAAACUGUUCGUGGUUCCAGGGAGUCCCGGUUACCGUACGCUUUCCGGACUGUGCGUUGGUGAUGAUGUGGACUACGAACGCGAAAUCGCAGUUACUGUGGACUGUGUGCAAGGGCUGAUUGUACCAACGAAGGAGAACGUCCCACAGAACGGGGUACUACAGUCUCCGAUACCGGGUCUAACGGCGAUAACUGACAACCGUGUUCUGACGGUGCGCUUUCUCGAUCCAAAGUUUGCCGACGAUUUUAUCUUUCCUGCCCGCAAGCUAGAAAAUGCGACCGAUCAGCCGAAGGUACUCGGCGCAAAGGAGGGCCCCGUGAUUGGGUUCGGACCGCGUGUCGAUCGAGCACAGCUCGGUUCUGCCGGUCACCGAAUGGUGAAUAACCGCCUCGGGCUCGGGUACGGCAACUCACGCAACGAUAGUACCGGAAGUUACGGAAAUGAUAAUGACGGCGGUCGCAGAAACAACUAUCGGCGAGGGAACGGCGGAUAUGACAACAGCGGCAAUCGCUACGAAUCAAAUCGUAACGAUUCUUACAACAAUUACUCAGACUACAACACGGGCAGUAACAGUUCGGGCGGUAGCAGCAAUAACUGGCGCAACAAACAGGAACGUCAGCCCAAUAAUUCAACCAACGCAAACCAAACGUUUAACGAUUCUGCUGGCCCAAACCGGAGUGUGUUUGAGCAGCUAAGCAGCCAAAUUCAGCAGUACCAGCAGCAGAUGGUACGUGAAAUUUCACGCCAUUCCCAGGCGAUUCCGAGCACUGCCCUGCCGAAUCCGUUUGCCAACCAAGUCCCGUACAACUACGACACCGGUAAUAGUAACUCAGCUAAUAACUGGAUGGCUAACAAUGGCGGACGAAAUAAUAACACCCAUCGCGGUGGAGGACGAGGAGGAGGUAAUAGCGGUGGUGGAAGACAGUUUCAGCAAGGCGGUGGACGCUACGGGGGAGGGAAUCGUUACAACCAACGGAAGCAGUACUAGGAACUAAGUCUAGCGAUACGGCACCAGUUCAAACGACUGGCUAAGUGUUGUGGUAUUGGCAGUCGGUGCUUUUAACCACCGAUUACACAGACUCAACUGUUGCGGCAUAAAAUUAAAUGUAAAAGGUUAAAAGGGCAUAACAUUGAUUAGAGCGACUCUGCAUUAAUAUAUUCGCAGUUUGUCGAAAAAGGCAAAUUGCCAGGUGUAAGAUCGUGAAAAUCGAAUUCCCAUCUUUCUUGCUUCCUGUUUCGAUAGAGUACAAAACGAUUUGGUGAAGUGGUAGUUUUGAAGAAGAUUUGAAAGUAAGGGAAGCGAGAAACAAAAAAAAAAUAACACUUAGGAAAAGAUAACAACAAAAUCUGACGACAUCGUCAGUGAACUGUUUAUAUCUUUUCGUGAAAUAUUUUUAUUUAGGAAAACUAUGAACGGUAACCAUAUAUUUAGAGUUCCGAUUGUCGCCAAAACGACGUGCAAGAGUACUUUUACUGAUUUUUUUGUAAAUAAACGAAUGAUCUGCGUCAUGACUUCACCUAACAACAACUGCGGACAACAACUACAAUGAAUGGUGGCACCGUGUCAGAAUGUGUUUGAGGAUACCACACACC